UCGACAACCAGGCACCUUCCUCCCUUCCUGGCCAUCGCUGCUCCUGCCCUGCAUCGGCCAUCGCAUUCGCCGACAGAUCCAAGUUCUGCUCCUUUCUGCCACCAUGCCGGCUGAUCCAGAGAUAUCCUUCCGGCAACAGCUGUGGGUCAUGCUCAAGCUGCGGCUGCUCAUCUUCCGCCGCGACUCGGCCCUCAUCAUCAUGGGAUGCGUCUAUCCCAUCAUCAUGAUCGGCAUUGCCAGUGGCAUUGCUGGCGCCUCGACCAACAUCAUGGCGUCCCUGGACUCGUCCAUCCUUAACUUUGGCCUCCCCGUCCUUGCAGCCGACUUGGGUCGUUCAAAUGCCUUCCAGCUCAACUCCUCCAGCGUCACCAACCUGACCUUCGGCCUCAUCCUCCAGGGUGCUGCCCAGCCCCUGGCCUCCGCACUGGCUUCCGGCUACAAUACCCUGCUCUCCGCUCAGCUGCCCCACGUCCCCAUCAACCUCGAGCAGUUCACAUCGCUCUCAGACUUUGGCAAGUCUCUGUCAAGGCAGCGCUUAGCAUAUGACUGCCUUCAGUCGGAUUCCACAGGCGACCCAUUCGCAUGCCCCGAUCAACCCCAAUAACCUCCCUGUUCUCUCUUCAGAGCAAUCCGUCAUCUCAACAUACCGAAUCCCUCCGCAGCCCCAUUUUAUCGGCGGAUGGGCCUUCAACACCACGCUGCAAAAUGCCACCGCAGCCGACGGUCGUCUGGACUUUACCUCGGUGGUCAUCAGCGAAGGAUCGCAGGACAGCUUCACCUUCCCCAUCCUUGCUCAGAGCACAUUCGUCGUCGCCCAGUCAGCAUUCUCGCCGCCCAAGGGCAGCAGCCGUG